CAAUCUGGAAUGGAGGAGCACGCGAAUGUGGAUAGCCUCUUCAAGGGUGUGAAAGUGCCGCCGCGCUUGAGAGAAGCCGUGGAUGCCACGCUCGAGUUGCGGAGGGUCAUCUCCGCCUUCAGGCACAGUUGCUUCUUCUCUGUGGAGGGUGGAGCUCUGUUCGAGACAAUUCAAGCGUGGCACGUGAAGAAAUACGUGCCCAGUUCCAACCUGAAGGAGUACCCCAAGGACCUGGAGGAAAGGAACCCAUAUGCACGGUAUAAGACUCAAUUCCCAAAGGCUGCAAGGGCGUGGUCCUCAAAGCUGGAUUUCUUGCUUGAUGAAAUCCCGCUCUGCGACUCAUCGCUGCAGUCGCUUGAGCGAUGGACUGUAAGUGCAGCGGAGCUGGAGCAGCUCCUGCUAGACCUGAAUGACGGCGGAAGGCUUGCUCCUCUUAUUACUGUGUGCCCUUACCUUACACACUUGGAGAACGUCUACAUGGCCGUGUUAGACGCGCGGCUGUGGCUCAGCUAUUCAGAGCUUCCUGUCGAACCUCUUCGGAAUAGCGGAUCAUACAAGGCAAUUCGUAUGGGGUCCGCUCGACCUGUGCGGCAGCUGCAGGGCAAGCCUCCCUCCCCCUUCUACGCCCUCGUGAUGCGGCGUGAAGCGAACAACUACUUGGGCAUGCUCGGCGACCCGGGUUCGACGGUGUACUACGUGACGCCAAUGGAUUUUGAGCCAGGGAGACGAGGCUGUUACAUGGCGAGGAUGUCGAGAUUGGGGCGGGGCUUCAUGCGCAAGCGCGGGAUGUCACCAAAAAAGCUUGCUGCAAGCCUGGCUGCAACGCCCAUUGAUGAUAAGGAGUUCAAGGACCGCUUCCUCAAGCACAAUAAGAUGACAGAAACAUCUUCCAUGGCCAAGCUCCUGGCUCACCGCAUAUACGACAUUGGUGUCUAGCGGCCUGUUUUGUUUCUGCUUGUGUGGUCUUUCUUUCAGUUGCUGCCCCUUGUCAGCUUUUAUCCAGAUCUUUUUUAAGAUUGAAUAGCCACUGGACCUUGAUGCACCGGUUGUGAUCGUUAUUUAUGAUAAAAAGAAGUAUCAUGUCUA